CGGCCAUUUUCAUCUUCUACCAGCCUGCUAAGCUCCCCAGGAGUUGUCCAAAACCCUAAAAAAAGCUCCUUAGCAUUACAGAGAGGUUAAAGAGACGGCAUAGCUUCGCUGUCCGCCUUGGCAGAGCACUCAGCUUCGUCUUGGCCCUCGGUUUUGCUUUUUUCUUUCUUCCAUAACCCCCCCUUUUUUUUGUAUCUUAGAACUUUCUUCAGAAACCCAUUUCAAUGGCUGUGAAACCCACCAAGGCUGAAAAGAAGGUCGCUUACGACUCCAAGCUCUGCCAGCUUCUCGAUGAGUACAGCCAGGUCUUGGUUGUGGCCGCCGACAAUGUUGGAUCCAACCAGCUUCAGAACAUUAGGAAGGGUCUCCGUGGUGACUCCGUUGUGCUCAUGGGGAAAAACACCAUGAUGAAGCGCUCUGUGAGGAUACACUCUGAGCAAACUGGAAACAAGGCUUACCUCAACCUUCUUCCCCUUCUUGUGGGCAAUGUUGGUUUGAUCUUCACCAAGGGUGAUUUGAAGGAAGUCAGUGAAGAGGUGGCCAAAUACAAGGUCGGAGCUCCUGCUCGUGUUGGUUUGGUUGCUCCCAUUGAUGUCAUUGUCCCACCAGGCAACACAGGGCUUGAUCCAUCUCAGACCUCUUUCUUCCAGGUUCUUAACAUUCCAACCAAGAUUAACAAGGGUACCGUCGAAAUUAUCACUCCUGUGGAGCUCAUUAAGAAGGGUGAUAAGGUUGGAUCUUCUGAGGCUGCUCUCCUUGCCAAGCUAGGAAUUAGGCCAUUCUCAUAUGGUCUUGUUGUGCUCUCUGUUUAUGACAAUGGAUCAGUCUUUAGCCCUGAGGUGCUUGACCUGACUGAGGAUGAUCUCCUUGAGAAGUUUGCUUUGGGUGUUUCCAUGGUUACAUCCCUUUCAUUGGCCAUUUCAUACCCAACUCUGGCUGCUGCACCACACAUGCUCAUCAAUGCGUACAAAAAUCUUCUUGCUGUUGCAGUUGCUACUGACUACUCCUUCCCUCAGGCUGAGAAAGUUAAAGAGUAUCUUGAGGAUCCCAGCAAAUUUGCUGUGGCUGUGGCUGUGUCUGCUGCUGCUGAUUCUGGUGCUGCCCCAGCAGCUGCUGCAGCUGUUGAGGAGAAGAAGGAAGAGCCAGCUGAGGAGUCUGAUGAUGACAUGGGUUUCAGCUUGUUUGAUUAAUCUGUAUGUUAGAGAUAUAAUAGGACCUUUUGUGUUUUGCAUCUCUUAGACUCACAAUGGGUGUUUUUUCAUCAUGUUUUUUUUGGAGUUAUUUCAGCUGAAUGUUACAAUGACGUGUUAUUUAGGUUUUUGUUAAGGACCAAUGCUUUAUUUAAUUUUUGAAAUUUUUUUGAGAUUUUUGUUCCAA